AAAAACUGUUCAAAAAGAGUUUCUAUUAUGUUUCUCUAAACAUUGCUUCACAGAGUCUCUAACCUGCAGUUUGCUCUAUACGUGGGCAGAAAUGAACUGAUCUCUCAAGACCAUCGGAAGCAAAAUCAUUUUAUUCUGCAUGUAAAUUUUCACAAAGGAUGGUUUGUCAGGCUAAUGAACCGAUGUUGUCAGAUGUGUCCUAGAGUUUUUAUUCAGUUGGGAAUGACUAAGUUGUAUAAAAUUCUAAGUAACGCCUAAGCUUAAAGAGUACAAAGGUGAACAACCCACCCAACAGGUUUGCUCAGUUACUCUCACUCUCAUUACUUCUGGGUUUUACUUCUUUACUCAGUCAUAAAGCGUUUUAGAAUCAGGGACAGGAAGAAAACCUGCAAUAAGUUCUGAUCUGAAGGAUACGACACCUGGAAGUCUUUGUGAGACCUCAGUCAUUUUCUACCAUGAGCUCUGAUGACGUCCCCAAAGUGAAACAGGACACGAGACCUGAUGAACCCUUGAGGAUCAUGCUUCUUGGGAAAAGUGGAGCAGGCAAGAGUUCAAGUGGGAACACCAUCCUCAACAAAAUGGUGUUUAAAUCUGACAUGAAGCUGAAGAGAGUCACGGUUGACUGUGAAAAGGAGGUUGGGAUGGCUGAGGACACGCCUGUCGCUGUCAUCGACACACCUGGGCUUUUUGAGAAGGACCGAGACAAAGAGGUCAUUGUUCGAGAGAUUCUGAAGCGUGUGAAGCUGCAGGAGCCAGGCCCUCAUGUCUUUGUGUUUGUGGUUCCUCUGGGAAGGAUGACGCAGGAGGACCAAGACACCCACAUGCUGAUUGAAGCCAGGUUUGGCCCCCGAGUGUGGGACUACACCAUCGUCCUGUUCACCCACGGAGACCGACUGGAAGGAACAACAAUAAAUGACGUCAUCAUGGAAAGUGGCGACAACCUCCGCAGCUUCAUACGUAAGUGUAGUGGUGGCUUCCACGUCUUCAACAACAAAAACUCCGAGGACCAGACGCAGGUGGUGCACUUAAUGGAGAAGAUCCAGACCCUGGUGGCCUUGAAUGGAGGCGGUCACUACCACGCCCAGCUUUAUCCACAUCAGGAGAGGCUGAUCAGGGAGAGACAGCUGAGCAUCCUGGCAGAGAGAAGUGAAGCUAUCAAUACCAAAGAGAGGGACCUCCAGAAUCAUCACCAGGGAGAGGAACUCAACAUGAAGAUCAGGGAGCUUUGGAGACAAGAGGAGGAGAACGCCAGAAGAGCUGCAGAGAAAAAGUUUAGAAACAACAAGAUUCUGAAAUUCACUUUGCUGCCGGUAUUUGGGUGGCUGUUGUUUGGCAGAGCUUUCAAAGUUCCCGAUAAAUACCAGAUAACUGUUGCAGUCAUCUGGACAGCAUGUACAUCAAAAUAUCUUCAACUUUUCUAAGUGGAAUAUUCUGGUUUUCAAAGAAAAAACGACCGCUAGCAUAAGUCUUAUUGACCACCUGUGAGAAUUAAAGUGUAAGGCUUGUCUUCGGCACUCAGACAACAGUUCUGAUUGCUUCACAGCUGGACAGGACAGUAAAAAACAGACACGUUCAUCUUGACCUGCGACGGGGAGGGCUGUUGUUGGUUUAGCGUUCAGGAAACAGCAGAACGUCUCGGCUAGUAGCAGCUAACUGUUAGCAUUAGCAACUCCACAACACGGCAGAACUCCUUCAGGCUUGAGUUAUUAGUGGAUGAUAAGAACAUCAGCGUUGCAGAGCAAACAGAGACAGUGGUAGAGUCAAAUUGCUUUUAGCCAAUCAGAGGAGAGAUGUUAUGGAGAUGUUAAGGAAAUAAGAUCUUCAUCCUGCCGUCUGAGGCUACUUUCUGGGUGUUUCCAAAUGCCAAAGAACCUUGCCUUGAUGUCUUGGCCCCGCCCAGGUUGCCUAGGAGAUACGUCAUCGGGAGCCGCCAAGACGUCUUCCAGUCGAAUGCAAUGUUCACCUUCAACUGAGGAGUGUGUUCUCCAUUUGUUAGCCGUUUAGCUAGCUGAGCGAGGAUACACGGGAGGUGUCUUGUAGCCUAGCCUUGGUCAAAAAUUACCCACAAUACACAGCGGUAUUUUCAAAAGGACAGUGGAUCAGAAGCCAGCAGCUACUUCAGGGACAAUUUUCAAGUUUAAAAGUAAGUCAGCUAAUUUAAAAUGUUUUUUUAGAUCCAAAGAAGUUAUCUAUUGGUUAGUUGCUUAGUAGUUGCAGCUCCGGUGGCUAGCGGGUAGUAACUCACUUAUAUUUUGAAUUUAAUAAACAUAUACACAAUUUAAAAUGUAAAAGACUCGUAUAAUUAUAUUGAAUCUAAUAUGUAUAAAAUAUAAUGUUAUCUCCCGUGUCAUGUGACGUUACGUGACCGCCGUGGAAGCCACGGUAACGUGAUGCAAGUCUGUUCCACUUAACUGUUUUCUUUGACCAAGGAAGGGCAGUGUCCUCGUAAGCAAGGUGCCUUGACAUUGAGAAACACCCCCUGUUCCAGCUGACUUGUACUUCAUCUUUGUUGUUGUUUACUGUCACUUCUUGUUUCUGUGAAAAAAGUUGUUCUCUCAAGCUGCUGGAGUGAAUUUAGCAGAAUGGAAAAGUUAAGACUGUUGCUAAUGCUCCUGUUUUUCCUCUUUAAAGCGGUAUGAGUGUCUGGAUGACUUUUUCUUUGAUUCUCUGGUUUAGAACCUGCAAAGGUGAGACUUAAAAUGACCUGUUUCUUUUUGAAUGAAGUCUAAGUUGGUGAAUAAACUAUUUUACAAUAAGGAAACAGAGUUUGUUGGUGAGUGUUCAUUUUAAGCUGUAAUCAGUAGCUGAACUCUGACUCAUUCACUCACAAAUUCAUGUAUCUUUAAGGGCGUGCUUGUAUACAUUUAUGAUUUCCUAGAAUUCACUUUUGAAGUCGGUAGCAGUAAGUUGUUGCAUUGCUUGGCCAACCUGACAAUGAUUUGUUUAAUUUUACUGUGUGUUGGGGACUGAUACCUACUGCUUAUGAACUUGCUGGAAGAAACAGCAUGAAAACACACUUUUCUGCCUUUAAACUCCAGGACCGUGGCCCAUAACCUGUGGAACCAGAAAUGGCUUUCUGCAUGUAGAAAGAUUGAAGAGAGGUAAGCAGAAAAGAAAGCUAAUUUUCGUCGUCAUCUUCCUCCACUUAUCCGAGUCCGGGUCGCGGGGGCAGCAUCCCAACUAGGGAGCUCCAGACCGUCCUCUCCCCGGCCUUCUCCACCAGCUCCUCCGGCAGGACCCCAAGGCGUUCCCGGACCAGAUUGGAGAUGUAACCCCAGAUUGGAGAUGUAACCUCUCCAACGUGUCCUGGGUCGACCCAGGGGCCUCCUGCUGGCAGGACAUGCCCGAAACACCUCCCCAGGGGAGGCGGCCAGGAGGCAUCCUGACCAGAUGCCCAAACCACCUCAACUGGCUCCUUUCGAUCCGGAGGAGCAGCG